CGGAUUCACGGGCCGAGCCGGUGCUGUGGUCAGGUCCGGCCGACCGACGCGUGGCCAUCUCCAUCGGUCAAUCGCGCUCGAGCGUCUUUCCCUUCCAUUUGCACCAUCCUGGAAAGCCGCUUCUCUUUCAAUUCAACCGGCCGCCGCCGUCUCUAAAAGGGCCGAGGAAUCUGCAUGAGCUGAUCGAGCUGCUCUUCUAGGUUGCGCUGCGCUGCGUUGCGUUGCGUUGGUGGUAGGGCGGCGUGACGGGACAGCGCCCUUCACAUUCACAAGUCAACAGCGCGAGCUGCCCAGCUAGCUGAGCGCUCAUCCCUCCGCCCUGCUCUGCUCGUGAGUUGGGCAUGCCCAUGGAGAGCGGGAGGAGGCAAGCAGGUGUGGUGGCGAUCGAGUGCGUCGCGGGCGGGUCGCGGGCGGAGGAGUGGGGGCCCGGGAGCAGCGAGACGGUGCAGACGGGGGACGUCGUGGAGGAGCUCCUCAUCGGGGUCGGCGGCCGGGGCGGGCCCGCCGCGCACGCCGCGCCCUUCAAGGGCGGCCGCGCCGCGCUGCAGAAGCUCCUGCACGCGGCCUACAAGCGCGGGGAGACCUCCGUCGAGGUCCGCGUGCGCCGCUCCGCCUCCUCCUCCGCGCAGGGGCAGCGGCAGCUCGUCGCCGGCGGCAGCGACAGCAGCGGGGAGCUGGUGGACGCCGCCACCGAGGCUAGGAUGCAGGCCUGCAUCGUGCCGCAGGAGUCCGUCGGCGGCGGCGGGAUUGGCCGCAGCCGCCAGUACGUGCUCCGCUCCAUCCGCGACCCCAACUACGCCGUCGGCCUCGUCGACCGCAUGGAGAGCGAGUGCAUCGCCAUCAGAGGCUCGAGGAGCUCGAGGGUGGUGUGCGCGCUGAGCAAGGCGCAGCUGCAGGACGGCUACGUGUCCUACCCGUGGGAGAAGAAGAUGCGGGAGGUGCUACCAAUCCCCAGGUCCAGCAGCUUCCUCUCCUUGCUCAUUCUGCCCAUGGCGCUCGACCGUGCCGGCUCCCGCUACAACUCCGUCGAGGACACCCUGGCCCGCGCCAACGCCUGGAUCCUCUCGUCUCAGGCGUCCGGCGUGCCCAUUGCCUUCUUGAACGUGCAGACUGAGGCCCUUCUCACCAAGAUCUCCGGCGAGACAGCAUCAUCGACAGUCAACUCGGGCUCGCUGGCCGACCUCCCGAACCUCGCCAACGCCAGCCUUUAUGGCUUCGAGGACUAUCACGGCGUGGACAUCGGCGUGGUGAAGGCGGUGCGCGUCUGGUACACGGCCGCUGCUGGAGAAAUGCCUGUGGAGAUCAUCCUCGAGCAGGGCGACGUCAGGCUCGGCUUCGCCAUUAGCCGCACUGAAGAGGGUUUCAUCUACGUCUCGUCCGUGGUGGAGAACGACGUCGAGCACCAGGCACCGUCGACGCGCUCGGGGCUCCGCGACCUCUAUCGGGAGGCGAAGCGCGCGUCCAAGCUGCUGGUCAUCUCGAGGGUGUCGGGCCAAAAGGUGCUGCCGUGGAUGGUGUCCACUUCCGGCGCCAUUCGGUGCUUCGACACCGUGUCCCUCAGCCAGAAACUGUCCCUGCACCGCCACGCUCUGCGCCCGAUCCUUCUUCACGUGCUCAUGUGGGACGGCGAGUCCGACCCGCCGACUCUGCCAGCGCGCGAGCCCGCCUGCCCGCUGCCGCUGCCUUUGCCGUCCCCGGAUUUCGCGGAGUUGCCGCGGCAGAACUCGUUUGCGUGCGUCGACCAGCGCAUGCAGACGGAAGGGGACCCCGGGGUCAUGCACGAGAGGGAUACCGCUGGGGAUGCAUCCUUCAGGUUCCAUAAUUUCUCGCUGCCCAACAACUGGGUCUGAUAAAUGCUACCACAUGCUCGGAUGUCCGAGUUGGUCGCUGUACAUAUGUAGAUUUACAUGAGUUGCUUUGUGCUGAGAAAGGGCAGCUUGUAGUGUAACUUCACUUGUUGUGUGAGAAGUACAGUAUAAUUUUGGUCGAUGAAAAUGUUCUCUGUUUUAGACAUUA